AUGGUUCCUCCAUCAUCCACAUACGAGGCUGAUCAUCUUGAUAAUUUGGUGAUCACACUCACAAUGGAAGCAGGAGAGGGUGGUAUCAUUCCGAAAAAUGUUAUAGAUGCAGUGAAGAGAAGCCUUGUGAAUGUGGAGGAGCUUAGAGUCCACUUACUUGGGUUCUUGGCUCUUUGUGAACCAGAUCUAGGGCUACUUCGACACUAUAAAUUGUGGUUGAGGAGUAGCGGAGUUCACCCAGAUAUUCUUCCAGUUAAAACAGAACUCGAGAGCCUAAGUUUGUACCAUGAUAAACUAGAACGGUGUUUAGAUUUGAGCAAGGCACCAUUGCGGCGUUCCACUAACUUGAAUUAUCAGGCGGCAACUCAUUUUAUCAAGCAGUCUUUGCCUUGUCUUACGCCGGUGCAAAGGAAAAAUAUGAGGGACAUAAGUACAGGAGAGGGGGCAAAGAGUAAGUUCUCUGAAGGUAGGAGUUCCCGAAAGAAGAGGAAAUGCCAAUCAUCUGAGAAACAAUCUAUUCGGGCUGCUGCUCAAGAAUUUCUUGAGAAAGCAGCCAAGGAGCUUCUUGGUAAUAACAAAGGUGACAUGAAAGGGCCUCUGUGGAUGGAGAGUUUGGAUAAAGAAGACAUGCCUAUGAGUUGAUUCUCAUUUUUUUCAGCUUGGAAUUUUGACGACGACUUAUUUGGUUUCUUUGUUAAGAGACUUUUGAUGUGGUAUGGCAUUUCAAAUGGUGGCCUUUGAAUUCAUUGUCCAAGGAGGAGUGCUAUGAUGCAGAUUGAAGGAGUUAAAGGGCAUAGGAGUAGACAAAGAAUUACUUGGAGAGAAGUGAGGAAAAGCUUUGGGUUGGCCACAAACAUGGGUUUUUACAGUUGAGAGAGAGAGAGAGAGAGAGAGAGUAUUCUAUGUUUCCUAGCCUUCGAUGACAAUUUUUUUUUUUUAAGUUGUUGAUAACAAAACUUUAUCUAGAAAAACAACUUAGUGCACAAGGCUCCCAUUACUGCAGGAUUCGGGAGGGAAAAAUGUACAUAACUUUUUUUUUUUUUUCGAUAGGUAAUUUGUAUGUAUUAAGGAAAAAGAAAAAUAUAAAAGUACAGAUUAAGGCAAUCCCUACAACCUUUUUUGGGCAGACCAAAAGAAAGGUUGAGAGGUCCUUAAAUCAAACAGGACAAACUUUGUAACACAGUUCAUCUAAUAUAGAAAGAAAAGCUUUAACAAUUA